GCACAGGGUUUGGGGGCCAGACUUCUACCCAAAUGAGAUGCUGCUGAGGAAGCCAAGCAAUCACAAGAUGAAGAGUCGGAAGUCAAGGAGAAAAUCGUUCUCAUUCUGGUUGUACAUUAUAGGAGUAUUUGCUAUGAGGGAAACUGAGGCAGCCCAUCACAGCCAUGAGAUCCUCUUUACUGCAGUGGGUACAUCCAAGACUCUCUUGAGCUUCACCAUGGUCAGCUUCUUGGAUGAUGUAGAGAUCGCCUUCUAUGACAAAAAGCACCAGCAGCUUGUGAUCAAGGAGGCCUGGGUCUCCCAUGUCCUGGGGGCUGACUUCAUAGAAGAUCAGCAGUACAAAUUGAUGCACAAUGAGAUUGACUAUCUUUGGGCUCUCCAGAACUGGGUACAGAAUGAUACCUUGGGCAAAAAGAACCACACGGUCCAGAUUUGGCAUAACUGUCACCUGGAGCGAGACAUCCACGUGAGCAGCCGCAUCUGGUGUGCUGUGGAUGGGGAGGAUUUCUGCCAGAUGGAUGAGCAGAUAAGCCACUGGGUGGCCAAGAAGCCCGAGGCUGAACCCGCCGUUCUUCUUGCAGAAGAGAUCUACUGUUCCAAGAAGGUGAAACGCUACCUGGAAGACUAUUGUGUCCAGCCAAUGAGAAAAGUCCUACAGUAUUCAAACAUCCGAGAUAAUGUGCCCCCAGAGGUGACCGUGUCCUGGCAUCAUGCCCCAGAUGGCAAUGUCACCCUCUCCUGCACAGCCACAGGCUUCUACCCCAGCUCUAUCCUGCUGCACUGGGAGAAGGAUAAGCAGCUGGUGGUGUGGGGGCAGGAGAGCUCCAGCGGCAUCUUGCCCAACAUUGAUGUCACCUUCUACCUCCAAAUCACCCUGAAGCUCCAGUCAAGGGACAUGGAGCCAGGUUACACCUGCGUGGUGGAGCACAGUGAGCUAGAGACUCCAGCUAUGUACCAUGUGCCUGUAAAGCCUGCUAAGGUAGGGCCUUGGUACAUGACCCUGAGCAUCCUGGCAGUUGUCACCAUGUUGCUGAGCUGUGCGGCUGCUUUCAUCACAUGGAAGAAGAGGAAGACAGAGUCUACCUUCAGUGGCUCACCAGGCUCUGCAAAUAAAUGAUCCUGGGGUCCCAAGGCUGCACCAAGAGAGGCCAAGCUCUGACAUGUCCUACUUGUCUGGAAAGUCUUCAAGGAUUGUUCUGUGUGUCUGCCAACUGAGUAGAGAUGAGCUAAGUGCAGAGACCCACAUCAUCAGGCAUUUGGUGCUGACUUCUCUUGUCAAAACAACAAUUCAUUAAAAGAGAUAUUGCCUAACAGCUAAACUAGAUGAGGAUAAAGAAGAGAAAGAGCACUAUUGAACAAUGUCACUAAUAAACAUGGAUACAAUUUUUUAAAUAAAAUGCUGUGAAAAAGACUAUAGCAAUAUAGUUAAAAUUAUUCAUUAUGACCAAGCUGGAUUUAUGCUAGGGAU